AUGGUCGCUAUUGAUAUCUUUCAUGAGCCUUCGUUUGCCGAAAAGCUUUCGAAUAUCCCUUCGUUUUGUCAAUUGACUGCCCUGCUGGCGGCCAUAGCUGGGUAUGCCACACGCUUUGGGGCCCUAAGGACCAACGACGGAGCUAGCGACGCAGUUCAGCUCGCAGCAAAGAGUCACCGACAGCCUGCGUACUUCAUUGACCUUGCGUUCAAGUACAUAAAUGAGGCGCUCGCGGAAUGUGACGAUGAGAUGCCGCCACUUUGCGUCAUACAGGCUCUCAUUCUUGCCACGCAUUGUCGACUGACCCAGGGGGUCCGCGGAAAGGCGUGGAGAUCGCUGGGAUUGUGUGUCAGUUUGAUAUACGAAACAAACCUGCAUCUUCUUGAUUCCAGGAAGGUUAUCCAAACGGAGGAUCCCCACCACUGGCAACAAGACGAAGAAAAACGUCGUGCUUUUUGGGCCAUCUGGGAAAUGGAUGUUUUUGCCAGUACUAUCCGGCGGACGCCCACGACCAUUAACUGGAACCAAAUGGAAAUAUGGCUUCCAGUUGAUAACGCUCACUGGUUCUCGGGCCACCCGGCUUCAAGUUGCUUUAUGGAGACGGACAUAAACAAACGUUGGAAGGCCUUGCAGGACAGUGGUAAUCAGUCCUCGAAAGCGUGGUUCCUCGUGAUUAAUUCUCUCAUGAAGAAUGCCCAGAUCGCCUGUGACCCACUAGGAGUGCCUGCCAUAAGUAAUCAGGGCUAUCACCAACAAAUGCCAAAUAGCCAGAUUUCCACAGCAGACUCGGCCAUGGAGGCGCGUCAAAAACUGGAGACAUUGGCAAACGCCGUACGCUGCUUUACUUGGGCUUUACCCAGCCAUCUCCAGUAUCGUGAUCAAUAUCUGGCCUUUGGGGCGCCAGUACAAGGGGAGUUAGAAUCUCAGCGACGGCAGCACUGCUCUAUCUACAAUAUCUUCGUUAUGACUCAAUUAACUCGCUUGAUGAUCUACAGAUAUGACGCAUUCAGAUCUCAAAAUCGUCCAACUGAAACCAGUGGCCGUCAUCCUUCCGGAGACUCGGCGGGUCGGAAUACUUUUGGUCUGCUCGAGACAGAAAAUGAAGCGCGUCGACAGUAUUACGAGGCAGCAGAUCGUAUUCUAGGAAUAGUGAAUCGGAGUUGCGAGGAUCAUUUUCAGCAUAUUAAUCCAUUUCUACCUAGUACCAUCUGGCUUGCCUCGGCGGUGCAACUGGUCCGCAAACACUUUGCUCGAGCACAGUCCAAUCGAGAUCUAGUAAAGUCGCGCUUCGACGUUCUUUAUCUGACCUACAAGCGAUGCGUUCAAUUUUGGGAUAUUCAAACCGCUCUCCAGAAGAACCUGGAGUUGAUCGAGGAGCAACUGGACGCCAGGAAUAAGAAACUGGAGGUUCGAGCUUGUCCAACCUCGCACGAAGCGUCAAAUCAGACAUCGGAAGACACCGGUAUGAUCAACCAGUCUGCCUCGGACCAAGACGGUCACAACGUAGAGCGCGGCCUGAAUUUUGACCGGACAGCCCGACAAGCCUCUCAAUAUAUACCCGAAACACCCAGUGUCCCGCUCACCAGUUCAACCCCGAUUGAUGUCAGAUUAGACAUUACAGCCCAAAACCAUGCGCAAAAACACCUGUACGUAGGAGAUAGCCUGGCAAUGCUGGACUAUAUGACUCCUCCACAACUGAGUAGAAACCAGGUUCCAGAGGAAUACAUGGUGCCCCCAAAUUCUCAUUUCCUUGAUACAAUAUAUCAGCUCGACCAGGCCUUGGAUUGGCCCACUUUUGAUUUUCCUGGUGGAAUAUAUGAUUUACUUUCAGGAUGA